AUGCUUGCUCCCAAGCAACCUAACACAAGGGUAAUGGUAAUGGUAAUUGUGAAGCAUGGCAAAAGGCCAGAGAUGCAAGCUACACCACCAGGACCAGAUCAUGGCCAUCCUCGAGGAUUCGGACCAUGCAUGGAUGGCUAUAUAAAUGGUCUAGACCGACUGUCACGCAUUCGUAGGUUGGAUAAUAUUGAACUAAGCCAUCACACGAACUUGAGGUUCAACUUCAGGGACUACAUGGGUGAUUAUGAUGACUAUUAUUGCAUGCAUAGACCACCAACAGGGCCAAGGGGCAUGCCUUCAGGGCCACCACCUCCACCACCACCACCACCAAGGCAAAUAGCACCAGGGCCACCUCCCCCCCACUCAUGUGGGUGCCCUGGGUGCAGGGAACCACCUCCACCUCCACCAGGGCCACCGCGAGAAGCUUGUUACUAUCCACCUGAGCCUCCAUAUGGACCACCACCAGGUGGAUACCCUCCCUGUGGCUUCUUCAAUGAUCAAAAUCCUAAUGGUUGCUCAGUGAUGUGA